AUGGAGGGAAGUCUUGAAACCGAACCGUUCUACAAAAAAGUGCAAGAACUAGAAAUUGGCAUUAUGUCUUUAGUCUGGAAGGAUAUAACUGUCCAGUUCCACAAGGCCAGCAAGACACUUCGGCCACCUGGAAUAUCAUUAGAUAUCGUUAUCCAGUUGUACUGUAAAACAUCUGCAGUAUCUUUUACAUACAGUCAUGAAUUUGAGAUCAACACAUAUUAUACCAUCAAUGAUGAAGAAAUUAUUGAAUCAACGAAUCAAGCAGCAGAUUAUGUAGCACUUCAAACUUCAAGACAGUUCCUGUGUACUGGCACAGCUUUUUUGAAUUUGCGUUGGGAAAAAAGUAGGUCAAUGAAUCGGAAGGUCAAUUUAGGGGCAUCUAAAUGCAUUUCGGCCAGCUCUUAA